AUGGAUCUCGACAGAGACUUUGAUGCUUUGUUUGAGCAAGUUAUAGAUGAGGAACUUGAAGACAACACCGACGAACAUUUAAUGAGAAUAGUACUUGAGUUGCAACAACAAUCUGACAAUACUACUUGUCGAAGGAAAAAAAGAUUGAUGAUUGAUCGAUGUCGUGAAGAAGGGAACAAUCGAUUGUUUAAUGAUUACUUCUCUGAGAAUUCAGUUUACACAGAUACUCAAUUUCGACGAAGAUUUCAAAUGCAAAGGCACGUGUUCCUUAGAAUUGUAGAAGCCCUUGGUCAUUAUGAUGAUUAUUUCAAGAUGAGGGUUGAUGCAACUCGAAAGAAUGGUCUUUCACCAUUACAAAAAUGCACAGCUGCAAUUUGUAUAUUAGCAUAUGGAUCAAGUGCUAAUAGUACAGAUGAUUACGUUUGAAUUGGUGAAAGCACUGUUGUGGAA